AUGAUGGUGGAUAAGGCUAACGGGACCUGUGACAUCAUCUUUGUUAUCAAUGAUUAUGAUAAGCCACCUAACCAGCUUGCAGCUGGGAGGAUAUGCAAGGUGAUUGAAGAAGCAGUUUUGAAGCACAAUGUUAUCUUUGUGUCCAGUGCUGGCAAUAAUGGGCCCUGUCUCUCCACACUUGGUGCUCCAGGAGGUACUUGCACAUGUAUCAUUGGUGUUGGUGCAUAUGUCAGUCCAGAUAUGAUGGUCGCAGGAUACUCCAUGCGGGAGAAGUUGCCAGCUAAUCAGUACACAUGGUCAUCAAGGGGACCUUGUGUUGAUGGAGCACUGGGAGUGUGCAUCACUGCUCCAGGAGGAGCCGUGGCAUCUGUCCCCAACUGGACUCUACGUGGCAUGGAGUUGAUGAAUGGGACCUCAAUGUCCUCUCCAAAUGCUUGUGGAGGCAUUGCUCUGUUAAUCUCAGGUUUGAAAGCGAAUGGCAUUGGUUAUACAGUGCAUUCAGUGCGUCGUGCUCUCGAGAACACAGCAGCGAAGGUGGACAAUGUUGAAGUAUUUGCACAAGGCCAUGGGAUCAUUCAGAUUGAGAAAGCCUACGACUACCUCAGCCAAAAUGUCUCAGUAAAGAGCAGCCAGUUGGGUUUUAAUGUCAAGAUAUAUCACUGGCGUGGAAUCUACCUCAGGGAACCAGCGUAUCUGUCUGUGCCAAUUGACUUCUCUGUUUCCGUGGAGCCAUUGUUUCCUGAAGACACAGAUAAUAGUGAGAAGAUUGCUCUCCAGAUACACUUGGCUUUGACUUGCAAUGCAACGUGGGUUCACAUCCCUUCCCACCUGGAGCUGAUGAACCAGUCCCGGCAGGUGACAGUCCGGGUGGAUGCACGCAGUCUCAAGGAAGGGUUGCACUACACAGAGGUCCUUGGUUAUGAUACAACAGCUCCUGGUGCUGGUCCAUUGUUCCGAAUUCCUGUCACAGUCAUUAUUCCUUCAAGGAUAAAUUCAGCUUGUGAAUACAAAAUUGAGCAAAAAAAUGUGGACUUCAAGCCUGGAGAGAUCAGAAGACAGUUUAUUGAAGUGCCUCAAGGAGCCACAUGGGCUGAGAUAAGCCUGACUUCGAGGUCAGAAGAUAAAACAUCGGAGUUUGUGGUGCAUGCUGUCCAGCUUCAGAAACAAAAGGCCUUCCGGGUACAUGAAUUUUACCGGCACCUGUACCUGUCAGAAAAAGCCUCUGCAACUGAUAGUUUUGCAGUCCACGAAGGAGGGACCGUUGAGGUUUGCAUUGCACACUGGUGGUCUAGCCUGGACCACACUGCCAUUGACUACACCAUUUCAUUCCAUGGGCUGAAGUGCAACACUGAUGUACUGCACCUUCAUGCAUCCGAAGGUAUUGCACGAUUUGAUACCACAGCGUCACUGAAGCAUGAAGAACUCUCUCCUGUCCUGACUCUCAAAACCUGGGUGCAGACCCUUCGGCCUGUGGAUGCUAAAACAAGACCCUUAAGCUCCCGUGAUGUCCUGCCUACUAACCGGCAUCUUUAUGAACUGGUCUUAACCUACAAUUUCAGCCAGGCAAAGUGCGGUGAGGUGACACCCAGCUGCCCUCUCCUGUCCGACUUGUUGUACGAGUCGGAAUAUGACAGUCAGCUGUGGAUGCUCUUCGAUCAGAACAAGAGGCUGAUGGGAUCAGGCGAUGCUUAUCCUGACAGGUACUCACUGAAGCUGGAUAAAGGGGACUAUGUGAUUCGCCUCCAGAUUCGGCACGAGUUGUUGAGUGAGUUGGAACAGUUAACAGACUUACCAUUCCACAUCAGCCGCAAGCUCCCAGCCACAUUGAACCUGGACAUCUACCGGACCCAUGUCAAUGCCUUGCUCAACAAGAACAAGUUUGGCAGCAUUACGCUGGAUCCAAAAUACACCGUUCCGUUCUACAUCACUACAUUGCCGGAUGACAAAGUUCCCAAAGGAAUUGAAAUCGGCUGCUAUCUUAUGGGAGCACUCACCCUUUCUAAAACCGAAAUGGGCAAGAAAGCUGACAUGCACACUGUGUUCUACCAUCUGAUACCUCCUCCAAACAGAUUAAGAAUGGAAACAAAGCAAGCAACCAAAGACAAGGAAAAAGACCCAAAGGAGAUGUUUGAGGAGGCUUUAAGGGACCUCAAGAUACAGUGGCUACCCAAAUUGGAUCUGCACCAGGAACUGAUAUCAACGUACCCUGAACACCUACCUGUUCAUAUCGCUUAUCUCACCAACCUUGAUUCUGGAAAGGAAAGGCUGAAGAGGCUCGAUGAAAUUAUUCAAGCGGCCAAUGUGGUUAUCUCGCACAUUGACCAAAACGCCCUGGUGAUCUAUUUGGCCAUGAAGACUGACCCAAGACCAGAUGCUGCAGCUAUCAAAAGUGAGAUGGAGAAGCAAAAGUCAGCACUGAUCGAAGCCCUCUGUCUGAAAGGAUGUGCACUGGCUGAUGCCUGUCUUCAAUCCCAGUCACAAAGUGAAGUGGCUUCAAGCAAAUCAGUUGGUCAGUAUGAGGAUGAGUCAGAUGACAUAUCCAAGAGCCUGACGGAAACUUUCCAUGAUAUCCAAAAGUGGAUCGAUCUCACUGACAGUAAGGCACUGACAUUUGCUUACAAGCAUGCAUUGGUGAAGCAACAUUUUGGACGUGCGUUGAAGUUUGCUACAAAAAUGUUUGAUAACAAGCCAAGUCGGGAAAACUGGAGCAACUGUAUUCAGGUGAUGAGGUCCCUGGGAUGGGAGCACUGUGCCUCUUUCUACGAGAACUCACUGCUGGUGAUGUAUCCUCCAGAUUAUGUUCCAUUCUAAAUGUUAUCUAUGGAAUGAAGAAUAUCCAAGCGCAUUUAUUCAGGAUUGGUCUCGGAGGACCCUGACAGAUGGUUGGGUUGGACUUUGUGUUUAGGUUAUUUUCACCUGUCUCCUUUUGUUUAAAAAAAUGGUAGGACUGUUGAGGAAUCCACGAGAUGACUGUUUGUGGUUAGUGUCAUAAAAUCUUCAGGUCCUGUUUGCUGGCUGUCGAGGCUUCUCCUCACAUUGUGACCUUGCCCGGAUUGUGUGCUUCACAUUCCAGGCAUGGAAAAAGUGAGAGGGGGUCCUUGGCCAUCCCACAUUCUUCCUUCAAUCCCAGUAGAUUUCUCCAUGCCUCCUUUUCUCCUUCCCACAGAACUGCAAGGAGUAAGCUCUUCAGUCUGUUUGGGAUUUGUGGCUCAGUAAUGUUAAUUCAUCCAAAGGUGGCAUUGUUGUGUUGCAAGCAGAGCCCGUGUAAUGGAGCCUGCCCUUCCACAGUGUGGUCAGAGGCUGAUCCACAGAAAGCUGGGACAUCUGAAAUGAUGAUAGCAGACCAGGGGGAUAUCCAGGGAGAAACAGUCAGGAGCAAGCCAGUCAUCCCUGCCACCUGGUGCACCAUUCAUUAGAUCAAGGCUGAGCUGUACUGUGAUUGCCUUUAUUCCAUAAUCCUAAACGAUCUUUGCCCAUCAAAAACAUACCUAUGUUAAUCUGAAAAUUGUCCCUCAGCAUUGCCAGCUGUUGUGGCAGGGUGGGAAAAUGUUUCACCUUUCCUCUGCCUUUGUGUGAACGGGUAUGCUGAAACUUCAACUGCAAAACGCUGUUUUUGAUUUCACAGUUGCAAAUCAAACUUUCUGUGGGAACAAUGAUGGCCAUUUCCUAUUUAUUGUGCCCACUCCACAGCUUCAGCUGGGUGCGAGUGGCCCUGCGCCGUUGUGCCCAGGUCCGUUCCCACCUCCUGUGCAACAUUCUUUUCUGCCAGCAGACAAUCGAAUGGUGUUACUGAGCAGGUUGAACGGCAUCUCUGUUGGCGGGGAAGGAAUUGUUGAUGUUUUGGGUUGAAACCCUGCAUCAGGACUUGGAAUUCCUCCCCACCCCCCACAGAUAGACCAUAGAACAAUACAGGCCCUUCAGCCCACCAUGUUGUGCCGACCUUUAAACCACUCCUAAGACUAUCUAACCCCUUCCACAUAUCCCUCUAUUUAAAUUCCUCCAUGUGCUUAUCUAACAGUCUCUUGAACUUGACCAACGUAUCAGCCUCCACCACCACCCGAGGCAGCGCAUUCCAUGCACCAACACUCACUGGGUGAAAAACCUCCCCCGACAUCUCCCUUGAACUUCCCACCCAUUACCUUAAAGCCAUGCCCUCUUGUAUUGAGCAUUGGUGCCCUGGGGAAGAGGUGCUGGCUGUCCACUCUAUCUAUUCCUCUUAAUAUUUUGUAUACCUCUAUCAUGUCUCCCCUCAUCCUCCUCCUCUCCAAUGAGUAAAGCCCUAGCUCCUUUAGUCUCUCCUCAUAAUCCAUACUCUCUAAUCCAGGCAGCAUCCUGGUAAAUCUCCUCUGCACCCUCUCCAACACCUCCACAUCCUCCCUAUAAUGAGGCGACCAGAACUGGACACAGUGGUCUAACCACAGUUUUGUAAAGCUGCAUCAUUACUUUGCGGCUCUUAAACUCAAUCCCACGAUUUAUGAACGCUAACAGCCCAUAAACUUUAACUACCCUAUCCACCUGUGAGGCAACUUUCAGUGAUCUGUGGAUAUGAACCCCCAGAUCCCUCUGCUCCUCUACACUGCCCAGAAUCCUGCCAUUUACCUUGUACUCCGCCUUGGAGUUUGUCCUUCCAAAGUGUACCACCUCACACUUCUCCGGAUUGAACUCCAUCUGCCACUUGUCAGCCCAGCUCUGCAUCCCUCUAAGCUUCGACAGCCCUCCACACUAUCCACAGCACUACUGAUCUUUGUGUCAUCUGCAAACGCUAACCCAGCCUUCCACCCCCUCAUCGAAGUCUUUAAUAAAUAUCACAAAAAGUAGAGGUCCCAGAACCGAGAUGCUGCUCAACCCGCUGAGUUCCUCCAGCAGAUUGUUUGUUGCUCCAGAUUCCAGAUUCCGCAGUCUCUGUGUCUCUACUUUUUUUGUGGCCACAUUGUCCUGGAAACGUGUCAGUAAAUGUAAUCAUGAAGCUGGGAUUGUUGUAAAGACGCAACUGGUUCACAGCUGUCCCAGUUUGUUCCAUAUCUGACUCUAGAACCACAGCAGCAUGGUUGAGUCUCUUCUCUGAAGUUGCCCAGCAAAGCAUUCAGUGCAGCCACCACCUGUGCAGAACAGCAAACAGCAGCUCUACCAGUGACCCUUACACCCACGGGACAAAUAAACAUACGCAGUAAGUAGUCACAGCUGUGUGAAUUGUGCUGCUUGCCACCAAUCCUGCCGUACGCUUCCUUGUUCCAUUACCGCAUUGUUGCUCAGAACUCAUCUUUCCUUAUUACCCAAAGAACUGUCUCUCUUCCCUUCUCCCCAGUUCCCCUCUCCCUCUCCCCGCCGGUUCCCCUCUCCUCUCCCUUCUCUCCGCCGGUUCCCCUCUCCCUUCUCCCUUCUCUCCGCCGGUUCCCCUCUCCCUUCUCCCUUCUCUCCGCCGGUUCCCCUCUCCCUUCUCCCUUCUCCCCGCCGGUUCCCCUCUCCCUUCUCCCUUCUCUCCGCCGGUUCCCCUCUCCCUUCUCCCUUCUCCCCGCCGGUUCCCCUCUCCCUUCUCCCUUCUCUCCGCCGGUUCCCUCUCCCUUCUCCCUUCUCUCCGCCGGUUCCCCUCUCCCUUCUCCCUUCUCUCGGCUGGUUCCCCUCUCCCUUCUCCCCGCCGGUUCCCCUCUCCCUUCUCCCAUCUCCCCGCCGGUUCCCCUCUCCCUUCUCCCAUCUCCCCGCCGGUUCCCCUCUCCC